AGGACACAUCACCUCUCUAUCCUCUCUCCCUCCGGCGGCCGCUGAGAGAUCAGCUUUCGCGUUUUCUUUAAGUGCAGAUUGUCCCACUCGGCUUGCCGUCUGCGGGUUGAUUUGAGAGUGUGUGUUGCUUUGUUUUGAGAUGCAGUAAAAGUGAAAAAUGGCUAACGACAGGCUGCGAGCACUCGAGGACGUGGAGAAGGAGAUCGCCGUCGUUCUUCAGUGUGCAGGAACCAUCAUCCUGGAGCUGUCAAAAGAGAAGCACAAUGCAAGCUUGUUAGACCGGCAGCUCAACCAGUUCCAGACCUCCAUAAACAGAGUGGAGAGUGAGCUCAGCUCCCAGAUCCGCUAUCUUACACAGGUGGCAACAGGACAACCUCAUGAAGGCUCAACAUACUCAGCGCGGAAAGACUGCCAAAUGGCCCUGAACCGCGCAGAAUAUGCCCGCGUCAAACUGGGAGAACUGGGACGCACCUGCGAGUUAAUGCUUGAUCCACAGACAUGAUAUACUUUCAAAGUUUGUUGUGGUACUUCAUGAACCACAUUUAAUCAUGGAUACAAAACAGUCCCUGGAGAAACAAGACCUUUCAAAAUUCUCAUGUAACUGGAGUUCAAAGAAAUAUCUGACCUCUUCAAGGUUGGCUACAAGAGAAUUUUAGAAAUACUGUUAAUAUGAAACGAACUACUGCUGUUGUAAAAAACCCAACUGAGGUUUAGCUCUUUUUGGUUGGUUUUGUUUUUCUUGAUAAAUAUUACAUUAAACAAGAAUAUCAUGUCAA